CUUACAUUUUAAAACUUGAUUAAUUCACAAAAUACUGACAUUUAUGAACUUCUUUCGUUGCGGACGUCGCCAUCUUGCUGAUCUUGGAAGGCUUUCUGAGAAAUCUGUCAUCCAGUGGCGGCCGGUGACGAGGGGUGCUUGUUUUGUUCACCUGGCCCGUGACUGGCGGGCGGGGUUAGUUCACUUCCGCAUUGGCGGGGGCGCUCGUUUCCCACCCGCGCAUUCCAGGCAGGCGGUGUUGAAGAAACCAGUUUAUUGAAAAUAAUCGUCUGUUGUGUUUGGAAUGCGCCUUUUUUUAACCUCACUGUAGUGACGGAGAAUGGAGGAGUGAAGAAUAUUACACCCCUGAUUGUUCCGGGUAAGUACGACAGAGCGAGACGUGAAUCUGCUCCGUCACACUGUUCAGAGAGACUGAGCUUCAGUUUCUGAUGGUGUGAGAUUUUCAGGCUCUUACAAGCCCAGGACGGCCAGACGUCCCAGAAUGAGGAAAAAUGAACAGCCCAAAGUCUCCAGAGCUCCUCCGUUGACCCACAGCAGCAGGACACAGUGGCAGCAUCUCCCCUCCACAGACAGCAGGCUGCACCAGCAGGGCUGCCCUCAUCCCUUAAAUAGCCAGGACCAAACCACCAUGUGAAAUGCAGAGGGUUGUGCUCAGUUACAUUGUCAGUUAUCUAAUUACUGCUCUUUAAGAUUAAGAUACUCUAUUUACACCAUUUACACCCAUUCUAUGUACAAAAACAAUCGCUUCUCCCUUAUCCAUCUGAAAUGAACCCUUAAGUUUCCUUUAACCCACACAUUGCAAAUCCCCCAGGGAAACCUCCCCUCCCUUGGGUUCCACUUGGGCCGGUCCAAUAAGGAUGAUGAGGUGCAGCUGGCCUGCUCUCCCCUCCAUGCCAGUGUUCCAGCCAAUCAGCUCAAAGAAAAAGAACUGAUGAGAAGUUAAAACAAACAAAUGGGUGUGAAAACUAACUGAAUAAGGAUCCACUCUUCAGCUGUUCACACAAAACCAUCUGUAAAAGAAAUGCAAUGUAUGGAUUCAAAUGGAAACCUAAAUCGAUAUGUGAAAGACAGAAACUAAAUCAGAAUGCACAAAAUAGAAUGUGGUGGCAGAAUACACCCGAUCAGUGAGGACUGGCUUCCAGCUUCCUCACAGAAAUUAUGAAGUUUUGUUUUCAUUUUUCAGGUUUCCAAACCUGGGCAGACCUGCUACCUGACCUCCAGCCUGCAGGGCCUCCUGACUCUGCAGGGCUUCGGUAACAGCGGCGCCAGGAUGAAGCCUGUCUGGACUCUGGACCCCGAUGCUGAGCUGCUCAGGUUCAGUCAGAGAGAGGACGACACAACAUGUCUGAGAAGGACUUGGAAACUCUAAACUCUGAGAUUCGCUCCAGUCUCAACUGGAUGAGAUGAAGGACCGUCGGACCUCAAUGAGCCCAAAGGACAAGGCCGACCUGCUGAGCUCCUUCAAGCAGGAGGUCUGCGUUCAGGCUCCGGGGUUCAGGGGCAACGGGCAGAACGACCUCACAGUUCCUGAACUCCGUCCUCCAGCAGGAGCGAGGUCUGACCCUCAGCUGCAGCAGACGGCGGCUCUGGUGGGCGAGAACGACACCUGCCCUGUGGAGGAGCACCUGAAACUCCACAUGGAAACCACCAGGACCUGCACCAGCUGUGGCCACGCCUCCACCAGACGAGAAGGUUUUUCCGUCGGUGGAUCUGGAUGCAGGAGGUCGACGUGGAGUUCAGGUGCCACUGUGGAGGCAACAGGUCCACACAGAAAACCAGAUUUGAAAACUCUUCCAAAAGUCCUGCUGGUCCACCUGAAAAGGUUCGCCGACUCUCCGUCCAGGACGCUGACCAAACUGCACGACGACAUCAGGCUGCAGAAGCGCAUCAAGCUGUCCUCCAAGCAGGAUGCUGCCUGUGUCCUGUGUCCUGUUGGGACACUGCGUCUCAGAGGGGGUUCACCCCGGAGACACGCCGAAUGGCCGCUGGCUCUCCUGCAGCGACUCCAAGACCACCUGGACAACUGGCUCGCAUGUUCGGCACACACGGCAGGACUCAGCGUGUCUCAGGCGUCAAACUAACAGCGAGGGUGAACCCGAACGCAGACUCUUCAGAAAGAAGGCGGACUUGAUCAGAGCGUCCAGGACAGAGGAGUCCACAAGGCUCAAAGCACCAGCAGAGCCAGAGCCAACACAGAGUCCAGAACCAGAACUGCAAGUUUACUCAAGAGAUGCUGGCAUCUCUUUUCCUGAGCCCAGCAGCAAAGAUAAAAAUGUGAAUAAAA